CCACGAAGCCCAAGUUUUUAAUUUUACUGACAUCCAGUUUUUUUCUUUAGUUGCUUGGACUUGAUCUCUUGGGCCCUGCCACUGAUCUGUGACAUUUAAUAAACAUAACUGACUCCAGGCUCCUUCUGCUCCGGUGGCAUUCUGAACUUCCCUCUAGCGGGGCUCUCGGAUGGAGCUGCCCUGGGAGAGCUGCUUUCACUGUGUGUCUCUUUGUACUGUUGAGAAUUUUUUCUGAUUUAUAUUAUUUUCAGUUAAAAAAAUUAACUGAGCUUCACUUCAAAAUGCUACUAAUUUCAAACCUUCUAUGCUGAACAGUGAAAGGAAGUGCCUUACUAAGGGAGACAGGAUGCUGACCCAAGGCAGGAAGGCCCCCUGGUUUCCUGCGUCUCCCCUAGGGCCCAGCAGCAGGUGCUCAGUGAGCCUUGGGAGGGAAAGAGAUGAGGGAAGUGUUUCACUCUGUGUCUUCCCACCCUGUCCUCCACAAAAACGGGGCAGGGGCCCUGCGUGCACAGCUGGCUCUAGAGCUGCUGGGGUGGGGAGAAGCCUGUUCUCCUUCCUUCCUGCAGUAGGUGUGGGUCUGUGGGGGCUGGUGUGAGCCUGGAGCGGACAGGACCUGCAGCCGUGAGAGGGGAAGCGGAGCAAGCAGGCGGCUUGCUGCUAUGCCGGACAGCUCCCUAGAGCCCUGCGUGUCUGCUCAGGCCGCCAGUGGAAGGAGCCUCUCCUGUCUUCCCCUUCUGAGUACUUGGGACUUGAGGCUCAGAAGCAGCAGAGAUGUCCAGCGAGCCACCCCCUCCUUAUCCUGGAGGUCCCACAGCCCCCCUUCUGGAGGAGAAGAGCGGAGCCCCACCUACCCCAGGCCGUACCUCCCCAGCUGUGAUGCAGCCCCCUCCGGGCAUGUCGAUGCCCCCGGCAGACAUUGGUCCCCCACCCUAUGAGCCACCGGGUCACCCAAUGCCUCAGCCUGGCUUCAUCCCCCCACAUGUGAAUGCAGAUGGCACCUACAUGCCUCCAGGUUUCUACCCUCCUCCAGGCCCCCACCCACCCAUGGGCUACUAUCCACCAGGGCCUUACCCUCCAGGGCCCUAUGCUGGCCCUGGGGGCCACACUGCCACAGUCCUAGUUCCUUCAGGGGCUGCCACCACAGUGACAGUACUGCAGGGAGAGAUCUUCGAGGGCGCCCCUGUACAGACAGUGUGUCCCCACUGCCAGCAGGCCAUCACCACCAAGAUUUCCUAUGAGAUUGGCCUGAUGAACUUCGUGCUGGGCUUCUUCUGCUGCUUCAUGGGCAGGUACUGCAGCAGGAGCAGCUGUGGCACUGGACUGGGACAGGCUGGGGACAAGGAAGGAGCAGCCCCAAGUGGCGGAAGUGCCCUGGUGGACACCUGCCCUGGGCCUGAGCCCACACUGUAUUUCGUGAAUGGUUUGUCUGUGAACUUGAUCACGUGGACCGCUGUAUCCUGCUGCCGCCCCUCUCCUGGUCUCGCACUGCCACUGCAUGGCCUCCUGUCACUGUGAAUCAUGGCUGGUCUCAGUUUGUAGUUUCUCAUUAAAUUGGCCCUUUCACUCCCCUGCCCUGGGCCUCUGCUCUCUUGCCUGGCUUCUUUCUUUGAGGGAAAGAGGGUGGGGGCUAGAAGUGGUCUAAGGACAGGGGCUUGAGUCCUCGGGGUCUUUGUGCUUGUGCUGCACUGACUGCCCAGGGAUGACACUAAGUAUCUGAUUAAACCACACCCAAACCCAAUGUGGACAAGCCGUGGGGUUCUAGCUGUGACUGGGUUGGGGUAGGAGUUGGCUUCACUGCGCUCAAAGGGCACCUUCCUAUCUCUGACACUGGUUUCACCUAUCUCCAUGCCACGGCAGAUGCCCACACUGUCUGCAGGGUGGAGCCCCCUGGCUUUAGCUCAGGGUCAUCCCACCCUGCAGGCAAAUACCCUUGCUCCCUUAAGCAAGACCGAGUCACCGGGGCUGAGGCUUCUGGUCUGAAGGCUAAUGGGGGGCAGCUAGUCAGCCCCCAGGUACUGAGCCAGCUCCACCCCUACUAGCCCUCAUCUGAACUGUGAAAAAUGGGUAGGCUUGGUCAGUAGUCGAAGACAAAUGUUUUCCCUGCCAUUUAACCCUUUUCUGAAUAAAACUUUUGCAGAUCCUCAA